AUAAAUAUCAGAAGGACCUCAGACCAAGACCGAAGUCGGACGCCAGGAGAAGACAAAGAGGAUCGAGUGUGUGUGGGGACGAAGGCAAGCCCUCCAGUUCCGCUUUGGUGACACGGGUGGAAGAGGCGGCCACAUCUCAAAGCAAUAUGGAUUAUAAAUCUAGCCUGAUUCCGGAUGGAAACGCCAUGGAGAACCUGGAGAAGCAGCUGAUCUGCCCUAUCUGCCUGGAGAUGUUUACCAAGCCUGUGGUCAUCCUACCCUGCCAGCACAACCUCUGCCGGAAGUGUGCCAACGACAUCUUCCAGGCUGCGAAUCCCUACUGGACCAACCGCGGUGGCUCGGUGUCCAUGUCGGGAGGUCGUUUCCGCUGCCCCUCGUGCCGCCAUGAGGUGAUCAUGGACCGGCAUGGGGUGUACGGCCUACAGAGGAAUCUGCUGGUGGAGAACAUCAUUGACAUCUACAAGCAGGAGUGCUCCAGUCGGCCCCUGCAGAAAGGCAGCCAUCCGAUGUGCAAGGAGCAUGAAGACGAGAAAAUCAACAUCUACUGCCUCACGUGUGAGGUGCCUACAUGCUCCUUGUGCAAGGUGUUCGGGGCCCACCAGGCCUGUGAGGUAGCCCCGCUGCAAAACAUCUUCCAGGGACAGAAGACUGAACUGAGUAACUGCAUCUCCAUGCUGGUGGCAGGGAACGACCGAGUGCAGACUAUCAUUUCUCAGCUGGAGGACUCCUGCCGAGUGACCAAGGAGAACAGUCACCAGGUGAAGGAGGAGCUGAGUCAGAAGUUUGACGCCCUCUACGCCAUCUUGGACGAGAAGAAGAGCGAGUUGCUGCAGAGGAUCACGCAGGAGCAGGAGGAGAAGCUGGGCUUCAUCGAGGCCCUGAUCCUCCAGUACCGUGAGCAGCUGGAAAAGUCCACCAAACUUGUGGAAACAGCCAUUCAGUCCCUGGACGAGCCUGGAGGGGCCACCUUCCUCCUGGGUGCCAAGCAACUCAUCAAGAGCAUUGUGGAAGCUUCCAAGGGCUGCCAGCUGGGGAAGACAGAGCAGGGCUUUGAAAGCAUGGACUACUUUACUCUGGAUCUAGAACACAUAGCAGAAGCCCUGAGGGCCAUCGACUUUGGGACAGAUGAGGACGAGGAGGAGUUUAUUGAAGAUGAGGAGGAUCAGGAAGAGGGUGUGUCCACAGAGGGGAAAGAAGGACACCAGUGAGGAGCCGGAUGAGUGCACACCUCUGGAUGCAGAGACCGGGGAGGCGGGUGACAGGCCCAUCUCGGGAGGGGGUUGGGGCUCGGGGCUCCUUGGGCGGCCACAAUGGGGAAGUGUGUCUCCUCUGUUCAGAGAGCAGGAACUAGAGUAGGACCCCCCACCGCUGUGUCCAGCAGUUGCUGAACCACGAUUGGAAACGUAUUCAAAAUGCCACAGGACACUUUUCUACGUUGGUGCAAAAUGAAAUAUUUUGUAUGUUUUUAAAAUGUGAUUUUUGUAUCUACUUGUAUAUGUAUGCCAAUUUGGUGCUUUUUGUAUGAGAACUUUUGUAUGAUCACGUCUGGUCAUUGUGUGACUGGCGAUUGUCACAAACAGGGAAGGAAGCCAAGGUAAUGGAGCUGCCCAAAUCCCUUCCUUGGUGGGAGGGUGGGUCUCACUCAAAGGCCUAGGGCAAUGUACUGUAUUUCAGUGCCCGUUCCCAAAGACGGGGAGAGUACUGAGUUUGUGCUAUAUGUUGUUUUAAUAAAUGCGCAGCGGGCUGGGCAUGGGGGCCAGUGCCCUUUCGUCCCAGCACUCCAGCUGGAUCUCUGUGAGUUUGAGGCCAACCUGGUCUACAUGGGGAGUUCCAGACCAGCCAGGACUACAUAGAGAGUCUCUGUCUCAAAAAAUAAUAAUGAAAAAGAAUAAAAAAUAAACAUACAGCGCUUUUUUCAUGUAACUAAAA